AUGUCGGCGCGGGCGCAAGAGGUGGCGAACGCGGGGCCGGGGUUCGUGGAGCUGACGACCGCAGAGGGGCCUGGCCUGCCGUCGAAGCAGGCGGCGAAUCUGGCGGACCUGCUCGAGUUCUCGGUCGAUGUGUGGACGCCGAUCGGCGUGCGGUGGUGGGCAGAGGGCGACGAGAAGGAGGGGGGGCUGGCACUACCCUCCGUGGGGCGCAAGCUCGAAGCCUGCUGCAUCGACGGGGCACUUCUCGAGACCCUCACUGACAGCUCCCUCAAGACCUCGAUAGGGAUCCAGGACCCCGGGCACCGCGACGCGAUCCUCCGAGGCGUCGCCGCGCUGCUCGAGCGGCAAAACAAGCUCCGGCGCGCGGCAGAAGCACAACAACAUGAAGAGCACACCGCCCGCGCAACAACAACGCCUCCCGGCUCCCGCAAGCCCGAGCCGCCCGAGCAGCGGCCCGCGGCGCCGAGCAGCCUCAGUGGCAGCACGGAGCCGCGGCAGGAGCCCGCACCGGGCGACUCGACACAGCCGCAGCGCCUGUGGGCGCGCCAAGGGGGCGAUGCGUCGGCGCGGCGAGGGUUCCAGUGGGACCUCAUCGUCGGGCCGAGCGGCGAGGUCUGCAGCGGCCUGCGCGACGCGGUCAAGGCCCACGGCGUCCCGUACAGCGCCCAGGAGCGCAGCAAGUGGGCAAAGGAUCUGGAGCUGGCGCGCGCCCUGGACGGCGUGACGCGGCAGGCGCUGCAGGUGCUGGAGCUGAAGCAGCGCGCGGAGGCCGCGAUGCGCGACGCCCGCGCGGUGUCCCAAGCGGGGGGUCUCAAGUGGCGGUCCGACCAGAAGCGCGCCGACGCGAAAUACUCCCCCGUCGUCGCGGACGCGGUGCGGGCGGUCGCGGCGGAGGACCGCGAGCGCGAGGACGCGGUCGGUCUCGCUGCGGAGCGCAAGGGCCGCUGCAGCGCGCUCAUCGAGGGCGGGUACGGCGGCCGGCGGCGCGACACAAAGGCUGUUGCGCUCUUCCGCGCCAACGUGCUUUCGCGAGCGCAGGAACUCAUCCGAGCGUCCCCCGCGUCGCUCCCGCGGCCGCAGUGGGACACCGCCCACGCGCGUCCUUCCGGGGCGCUCACGCGGCUGCAGGCCAGCGCUGUUCACGCCGAGAAGUGGGCGUCCGGUGCGAAGGCUCCGGACGGCAUGGGGCUCGGGCUGACGGCGAUUGACGGGCGCGGGAACACUCCGCUGCACCUCGCGUGCGUGAACCAGGACACGGAUGCGCUGGGGCGGAUGCUGCGGCUCCUGCGGCGCAUCGACGAGCGCACGCGCGUGCAGCUCAUGGCGGGCCCGCCGCCGCCACGCCAGUUCCCCCCCGGCGACGGCGUGGCGGGGAUGGCGGUGCAGACGGGUCCGCAGCGGCCGGCGCGGAAGGUGCACGCCACGACGCGCGGGCAGGCGCUGGCGCGGGAGCUGCUGUCGAGUCGAGAGCUGCGGGCAGCGGUGGCGCAGAGAACGGUCGCGGAGGGCGCGCCGGCGGCGGGGCCCGUGGAGGAGGCGCGAUGGCGGGCGGCGCGCGACGCGCUCGCGGAGCUUGCGAACGCGGACGACAUCGACGUGGUGAAUGCGAGGAACGCCGCCGGCGAGACGCCUCUGCACGUGGCGAUCGGUGCGAGCGGCCCCGGCAGCGCGCGGUGGGUGCAGACGGCGGCGGAGCUGCUGCUCUGGGCCGGCGCAGACGCAAACGCGCAGGACGCGACCGGGCGGACGCCGCUGACGAGGCUGUGCGCGAGCUCGUACGUCAACGGCGCGUUGGUCUCGGUGUUGCUGCGGUGGGGGGCGCUCGCGCGCCUCGCGGACGGCGUCGGAAAGACGCCGCUGCACUACGCCGCUGCGAACGCGGCGGCGGGGGCGCCGGGGGCGGCACGGGCGCUUUUGCAGGAAGGCGGGGCGUACGUCGACGCGAGAGGCGGGAGGUUCGGUCGCACGCCGCUGCACCUGGCCGCGCGAGGGUACCGCACGCAGGUGCUGCGAGUGCUGCUGGGGACGGGAGGGGCGAUGCCGGCGCCGCUGGACGCGAGGGGACACAGCCCGGCGCGCGCCUGCAUUGCCGCGUACAGGGAGGCCGCGGACCGCGCUUGGAGCCACCCGGUCAAGUCUAUCAAUCCGUCGUACGACGCGGAGGAGGACCUCGCGGCGCGGGCGAAGCAGUGCUGGACGAUCCUGGCCGAGCUCCUGCGGUACGGCGCGCGGGCGUCCGAGGACGGCCUCCUCGCCGAAGCCACGGCCUCGGGCUCAAAAGCACUCAUCAAACCCCUUCUGGACGCCAUCGCCGCAGAAGAGCGCUGGCGCACGGGCGGCACGCCCCCCGUCCUCGACGCGCAGCACCGCCCGCGGGUCUCCGCGUUCCAGCCCUCCAACCCUGUUGUCGCGUCAGGCACGACGACACCGCACUCGACGCCCUCCACAGCCACGCCGCCGCAGCGCGCCGCGCUGUCCGGCGUCGACGCGGUCCGCGACCCCGCCGAGGACGUGGGGGCGGAGGAGGACGGACUUCCGCCGGUCGCGGACCUGUCUUUCGAGCUGUCAGAGGGUCCGUCGGAGCGGGAUAGGUACCCGCCCGGGCGGGUGUUGCCAAAACCCCCCCCGGGGCCUCCGCCGAGCGAGGCUCUGCAGGCGGCGAUCGAGCGCGAGCGGGAGAGGCAGGCAACCGUCGCGACGCCCCCGAAAGAGGCCAUCCAGGCGGCGCGCGACGCCGUAUCUCCAGAUGCAGACUUGCAGUCUGCAAAGCUCGACCAGGAAGUGUCGGGGUUCGAGUUCCACACGCCGCCGGCGAGCAGCGAGGAAGUGGACGAGUUCGCGGGCUCGAGCGUGGCCUCGGGCGCGCCGGCGAGCGUUGGCGGCCGGUUCGAGUCGCCGCUGCACGUUGCGGCACGGAGGUUCGUGGUGCAGCCGAAGCGGUUCGCGGGCGCGCUCCGGAUGCUGGUGGAGGCUGGGGCGGACGUGGGGGCGAGGAACGAGGAGGGCAGGACGCCGGGGGAGGUGAUGCGGGAUCUGGGAUUCGGCUCGCAUGCCAUCGCGCUGCGGUUGCUCGAACCGCCACCGUUGAAGAAGGGCUUGCUUUGA